AGAGCAGAGAGAGAGACAGAGAGAGAAAGAAAGAGAACUGAAAUCACAGGAAAAAAUGAAAAUAGAUAUACAUAUUUUCAUUACAAAUGAGAUGAGUUCUAAUUAUUCUGACUUUCAGAUGAUUCCAAAGACCUAACACCAUGAACUUUGAACGUCAAAAAUCAUGUAAUCAUUUUGAGAAAUGUACAGAAUUUAUAAUAAUGCAUAGCAUCAUCUUUGUCCAAGGGAAUUCAGAGUCAAGGGAAACCGGGCAACCACGCCCAUUAUACUGAGACACGACAUGAAGUUGAGUCUGAACUAGCUUGGUGUAAACAAACCCUGCGGAAAGCUUUGUCUCCGCGCUGAUAUGUCAAUGCAUUAGGAUUCUUUACUUUAUUCGAUGUUGAUAUCAAUGCCAGUAGAUAUAAACAAUCUUGCAGAUGGAUGGCUCGAACUCGAAAGUGACCCCGG